AACGCAUUCAGUUUGUCGCAAAAUAUUCUAACGAUCGGUCAGGUUUCGGUCCCGGAAUUAUCCAGCCGGCGACAUUAUUAUUUCAUUUACAAAUAAUUGAGUGUUUAGUGCUAUCGGUUACAAGUAAAUCGUUCAUUUAUAUCCUCAAUUAAUUACAUCAAUUAAAUACAUUUCAACAUCCUUGCAUAACCAACGGUGUUAAAAAAAAGCCGCAAUCCAAAACACGCGAUUGAAAACUUUCAAUGCGGUGCUAAUAAUGCCGCGUUAAAGUUGUUCCAUUGGAAAAAAGCGAAAUCAGAAAGGGAGAACAUGUUGGCCCAGCUACUACGCGUAGUUCUGUUGGCCACGUUAGCCAGCCUCAGCUUUACCCAGAGCUCUGCUCAAACCACCUGCAAGAAUGGCUUAGGACGCGUACUCUAUGAGCGUCUGCCUAACCAGCAAUUACAGGGCUACGAUGACGAUGUGGUGCGAGAUACAGCACCUCCAUUCCGGGUGUUGGAGAAGUGUCAGGAUUUAUGUUUGCGUGAUCGCACUGGCACCAAUAAUCUGGUGCGCACUUGCACCAGCUUUGACUUUCAGCCUGGCAGUCGAAUCACUUCGUUUGGUGGCACCUCAGAGUACGAGGAAUCACUCUGCUAUCUGACAUCGGAACAGGCGGGUCCCGAGGGUAUUGGCAGCUUGAUGUUGGUGCCCAACAGCGUGCACUUCAACGAGAUCUGCCUGACAUCUAGCCGCCCGGAGCGUGAGUGUCCCAGUCGACGUUAUGUGUUUGAACGGCAUCCACGCAAGAAACUUAAGUUGCCCAUCAGCGACAUCAAGGAGAUAACAGCCGCCAAUCGCUCGGACUGUGAGGACAAGUGCCUGAAUGAGUUCUCAUUUGUGUGUCGCUCCGCCAACUUUGAUUCCACGAUGCGCUCCUGUACGCUUAGCAGAUUCACACGACGCACACAUCCGGAGCUCAUGGAGGAUGAUCCCAAUUCAGACUAUCUGGAGAAUACGUGCUUGAAUGCUGAGAGACGUUGCGAUGGUCUAGCGGUCUUUGUGAAGGAGGAAAAUAAACGCCUGGGCGGUCCCUUUGAAGUGGACAUCUUUAAUAACAUGACACUGGAGGAGUGCCAGACCAUGUGUCUGCGUGCCGAGAAAUACUUUUGCCGUUCGGUGGAGUUUGAUGAUCAAAGCAAACAGUGCAUACUGUCUGAGGAGGAUUCCAUUUCGCAGAAGGAUGACAUUAGCAUCAGUUCCAGCCCCACACAUCAUUUUUAUGAUCUUGUGUGCCUCGAUAAUCAACGCGCCAACGAUUAUCCAGAUAACUCAGUUACCUCGCACCUCUUCUCAAGCGGCCGUCGGCCAGAUACAGCAUUCCAGCGUUACCGCAACUCGCGUCUCGGCGGCGAGUUUCACUCUGAGAUCACGGGACGAUCGUUGAGCGAGUGCCUCGACGAAUGCCUUCGCCAGACGAGCUUCCAAUGCAGGUCUGCGGUGUACAGCGAUCGUUUUCGUACUUGUCGCCUCAGUCGGUACAAUCAAAAGGAUGGCAUGCGCAUUAUAUACGAUGCUGAUUAUGAUUACUAUGAGAAUCUAAUGUUGAACGUUGUGGGCGGCGGCGCCGAUGGCGAUGGCAGCCACAGUGGCAGCGAUCCCAAGCGACCCGGUGAUCAGUCAGGCAGCAACUGGAGACAGCCUAACAAGCACGACGAUCGCUAUGGUCCGGGGUCAUCGAGUUCUGGCGUGGGCGGACCUGGCUCCAGCCUUGGACAACAUGGUGGACCAGGAGGAGUAAAUGGAGGCAGUGGCAGCAACCGCCUACCACCAGGCGAUGGCAUUGACUAUGGUCGACCGUACGAUCGCUAUCCCGACGUGGCAGCCAAUGAAUAUGAUCGUUAUCCUUAUGGUUAUGGUGAUCGCGAUAGAGAUCGUGACCGUGAUCGCGAUCGCUAUCCACCAGAUCGUUAUGGUGGCCCCGGUUCUCGGUACCCAGGCCCAGGUGGCAACGAUUACGGCAGACCCUAUGAUCGUUAUCCCGAUGAAUAUGAUCGGUAUCCCAUGGGUGUCAAUGGCGACAGGGAUCGAGAUCGUGAUCGUUAUCCAGAACGCUAUCCACCAGAUCGUUAUGGAGACCGUCGCUAUCCGGAUAGGGAUCAGGAUCGAGAUAGGGAUCGUGAUCGUUUGCCUUAUCGACCUUUGCCUUAUCCAGCCAUCAACGAUAACUCUUUGCCCAGUGAUCUGCCCCACACGCGACCUUUUCCCAUUGAUGAUGAUGCACCUUAUAGACCUUAUGGCUAUGGAGGUGGAGGUGGAGGUGGCGGCAGAUAUGGCGACAAUCGGUAUGACAGUCGCUAUCCAGCAAGAUAUCCACCUAGUCGAGAUCCUGUUGGUGGCUACACUGGUCGCGAUGCUCCUGACAGCAUAUUCCCGGAUAGACGUUAUCGUCCCUCUUCUAUGGAUCCCUCUCGAUAUCCCUAUGCGCCAGAUUCACGUGCCCCACCUGGACGUUAUGAUGAUAUCGUGCACAAUGCCCGACGCCCAGAACCCGAGUCGGCCAAACGUUAUCCACCCGCUCCCUUGGCACCCACUGGCAGCGCCAGCAAGUACGCUUCCACUCCGAACCGCUUCCCGGUAGGUAACGAGCGGUAUCCGAUCGACAUCUUCAAGUAUGGUAAUCGCCUAGGUGGCAGCGAUCUUGGCAGACGCCCCGGUUUAGAUCGCCCACCACCAUACUAUGACUACGACUACGAGGAACGCUAUGGCGAUAGAUUUGCGCCUGGCCCCUACGAUAGGGAGUACGAUGGACCGCCUGGACGACGACCCCUGCCAGGUGGCCCCUAUGGGCGUUACGACACGCCUUUCAAUCGCCCCUACGGUGGCGUUGGAGGCGGCGGCAGUCUCGAUGAUCGUCCCCUGCCGCUACCUGGCCUCGGACUGGGUCUAUCGCAUCCGCCCACACCGUAUGGUGGCGGCUCCCAUGUGGGAAUUGGUGGAAGCGCUGGUCCACCGCGACCGCCCAUCACCCGUUGCGAGGAGAGUGACAACUUCAAGCAGAUUGCGGCCAGGCACAAAAUGCGACGUCACUUUGUAAGACGGGCACUGAUCGUGCCAAGCCUGAUACAAUGCGAACGAGAGUGCAUCGAGACCAGGGACUUUGUGUGCCGCAGCUUUAACUACAGAGACACUGCCUCCAGCUACGAUGAUCGCGACCGAGACCGCGAUCGAGAUCGUGAACGGGAACGCGAACGGGAUCGAGAGUCGCCCAACUGUGAGCUGAGCGACAGAGACUCGCGGGAAUUGGACAUACACGAUCCAGGCUCUUUCGACGCCUCCAACUAUGAUUUCUACGAGCGCAGCAUUGGACGCAGCGAUGGCGAAUGCAUGGAUGUUACCCAGACAUGCAAUGAGGAAGGCAUGGAGUUUACUAUACGAACACCUGAGGGUUUUCUGGGACGGAUCUACACGUAUGGUUUCUAUGAUCGCUGUUUCUUCCGCGGCAAUGGCGGCACAGUGAAUGUGCUGCGCAUCAGCGGACCCCAGGGCUACCCCGACUGUGGCACACAACGCUACGGCGAUACGCUGACUAAUAUUGUGGUCGUGCAAUUUUCGGACAAUGUACAAACAAGUCGCGAUAAGCGAUACAAUCUCACAUGCAUCUUUCGUGGACCCGGCGAGGCAGUUGUCAGCUCUGGCUACAUCGGCGCGGGCUCGGGCAGUCCCAUUCCCAUCGAGUAUUUGCCGGCCGAGAAUACGCUCAGCUCUAAGGUGCGACUGAGUAUUCUCUACCAGGGCAGACCCACCACAACCAUUGCUGUGGGUGAUCCGUUGACCUUCCGACUUGAGGCGCAGGAUGGCUAUAAUCAUGUCACAGAUAUAUUCGCCACAAAUGUGGUGGCUAGGGAUCCCUACUCUGGUCGCAGCAUACAGUUAAUAGAUCGUUUCGGUUGCCCUGUCGAUCCUUAUGUCUUCCCGGAGCUGGACAAAUUGCGCGAUGGCGACACACUUGAGGCACGCUUUAAUGCCUUCAAGAUACCUGAAUCCAAUUUCUUAGUUUUUGAGGCUACAGUACGCUCUUGCAGAGAAGGCUGCCAGCCAGCGUAUUGUCCUGGUCCCGCUGGACGCCAAGAACCCUCGUUUGGACGCAAACGUCGAUCUUUGAAUAUAACAGAGUUACCAGAACCGCAAGCACUUGAGGGCGUGAAUCAACUGGACACAAACCAACCGGUAGAGGAGGAGGUGAUUGUGGUCAAUAGUACCACAGUGAGCGCAACACCAGGAGCAGGUCAAUUCAAUGCCACACAUGAUGCCGAAAAAUCCAAGGAGACCGAAGAACCGGAGCAAGUACGGGAAAUGAUUGAGGUCUUUGAGACGCGCGAGGAAAUUGAAAAGGAAUCGUAUCCACGCAAACUGGUGGCUCCAGUAGAAACAGUCUGCAUGACGCCCGCGGAGUAUCAUGGCUUGAUUACAGCCAUUAUACUGCUGAUGAUAUUGCUGUUUAGCAUAACGCUGGUGGCUGGUCUGGGCUACAGACGUUACUGGAAAUCUAUGUCGAAGAACCGUUUGGUGGACCGUAAUUCGCCCAUUCAUUCGCUGGGACACUCACACUCCUCGAUACGCACUCACGAGCGUUUCACCGAAAUUGGACACAUGCCGAAUACAACAGGUGGAGCAGGUGGAGGCAGUGGACAUAAUCAAAGCACAUCUAAUCGCGGCUCGAACGCAUUUCGCACUAACAUGUCCAUGUUUGGUGGCUCAUUACAUAAGACUUUUGCCACGGGCAACCUGGCGCGCAUGUGUCAGCUGCCGGUUAUAAAUCCCAUUCGCUCUGGCGGUAAUACUAAUCAUCAGUUCGAGGAUCCCAGUGAGCCUAUCUACACCGAUCCAUCGCUGUUUGAGCGCUCCAGAUCGCUGCGAAGUCUGACCAUGGUCGCCGAGUCGGAAGAUAAUCAAGAGGUCUAAAGUAUGCACAAGAGAAUUUUGCUCGUCUUCUUGUGAUUAGUUUGUAAAUAAUCUACAUAAAGCUGUUCCGAAAGCCACCUAACAAGCUGCAUACACUUUCGCAGAUACAAAGCUUAUAUUGAUAUUGAUAUACUCGUAUACAUAUCUGCAUUUGUAUCUGUAUCUCUGCGUAUCUUUGGCCCCUCUGGAUAAUUUCGCAAUGGGUCUCAACAAAUAUCUAUCGAUAUCCACCUAGACAUAAGCCUUAAAACAGAAAAAUCUAUUAAUUUAAAACAAGCAACCAAAAAAUAACAUAGCAAAGCAUUUAAACAGAAACAAAAAAACAUAAUAAACCCACACACUAAACAUAUAGUAUAUGCACACAAUUAUUUGUAUACAACUAAGAUAUAAAAUGCAAUAAAGCUUAAACUUAUCCAUA